UAACACCACUAUGAGUGCAAAUAGCCCAACCAGGGAACAAUAAAUAAAACAUUUAUAGAAGGUACAAAAUAAACCAGUUAGUCACGGAAAUAUCUGCCCAAUUCCCAUCUAUAAAUCCUACGGUAAAUUUCGUUAGAAGCUUUUACAGUAGCCAAUUCUGACAACCGAAUCUCGGAUUUUCCAAGAAGAGGGGGACGUGAUAGAGUCAAAAGAACACACAGAACGAAACCACCUUCCAGCUCUGCAGCGGUCUCCAUUUUAACUGUUUGCCCGGUCGGUACCUCACGUGUUCUGGACGGUCUUUCUCACAUGACCCUUGUUUGUCCCCGUGAUCAGUACUUCCAACUCCGUAUUUCAGUGUCGCUGAAUAUCACAUUUUAAACUGUAACCUUCAUGGAUAUGCAUGAACAGAGUUUGGACAGCUCUACAGGUCACGAGAAACAGGAAACAGAGGAGAUUCUACAACUGGAAGGUGUGGGGACAGAGGAGCAGACUGCAGUUACCAUAGAGAGUGUACAGCAGGCUGCAGCUUUUGCGGAUCAUAAUGUUCAAUACCAGUUCCGCACAGAGAACAGUGGAGGACAGGUGACCUAUCGUGUGGUCCAAGUGACAGAUGACCAGCUAGAGGUAACAGGCGACGGGACUGGGGCAGUCAGUGUGGUUUCCACUGCUGCAUUUACUGGAGUACAGCAAGCAGUGCACAGGUGCUCGUGUGCUGUCAUUCAGAACCCCUUCAGUAAUGGGGGUAGUCCAGCGGGGGAGACGGUGGGAGGGGAAACGCGUUUUGCCUAUUUCCCUGCUGCCACUGUCAGUGUCAGUGAUGGGGCAGCCACAGCAGUGUCGGUGCAGGCUGACCCAACACUCACACAGGCCGGAGGUCAGUUCUAUGUGAUGAUGAGCCCACCUGAUGGGUUGCAAGCUGGCACGCCAAGGACCAUUGCCCCUCGCACACACACCUACACCACAGACCACGGUGAAAAUGAGAUACUACAGCAUGGCAGUUCAAACUGGAAGAUGGAUGGUCCACGGGCACCUAGGGAUGAGAGAAGGAGAGCACAACACAAUGAAGUGGAAAGACGGAGAAGAGACAAGAUCAACAACUGGAUUGUCACCCUCUCAAAGAUCAUCCCAGACUGCAACAUAGACAGUACUAAGACUGGAGCAAGUAAAGGAGGGAUCCUGUCGAAAGCGUGUGACUACAUCCGGGAGCUGAGACAGAAUAACCAACGAUUGCAGGACAGCUUCAAAGAGGUGUUGAGAGUUCAGGCAGACAACGAGCUACUCAAACAACAGAUUGAGGAGAUGAAGAAUGACAAUGCACUGCUUCGAGCUCAGCUACAACAGCACGGCAUAGAGAUCAAUGGAGAUACGACACCACAGUGAUCUACUGGACACACACACACACACUCUUACUUACUCACUGGUAAAAUACAAAUACUUAUAGAAUACAUGAAAGUACACAUGCUCACGUGCAUGCAUCAUCAGAAAUUGCCACGCAUACACACAGAACAGAGUGCUUGAGAGGAAGAAGUGAACUGCUGACUGAUCAAGCCCCCUCCAACCCCCACACACACUCUCUUCCAAGGCUGAAAGCUGAAAUUCAUGACUCUGUAACUAAAUUAGUUCCCCACCUCUGCUCAAAGAAUAGCCAACUCUUCAAAUGUCGUGCAUUCACCUAACUCUGUUUUUGUUAUGGACAAUGACAAUUCACAUUUAUUCUGUUUUAACCUGCUACAGUUUUCCAUGGCUUUUUUGGGGCAUUUGUUGUGAGUAAUACUACCAUGUCUGACAUGAAUGAAUCCUUUUGUUUCUCAUUUAAUGUAUUAGUUUACAAUGAAUGUGUAUACAGAAUGAAAAGACAGUGGCAGUAGGGAUCAUAGUGCAAAUAUAGGGCUGAACUUUGCUGUUCCAUUUUCCCUUAGAGAUUACAAACCAUGGUAGACAAAUCAGGCACCUUCAUCCUUUGAUGCACACCAUUUCAAAGGGUUGUUUCAUUGUCAAGUGGAGGUAGAUAAGAGAAUACUGGUUAAGCUGUUUUAAAGGCCUGCGAUGUAAAGGUAUGGUUGUUGUAUUGACACUAGGCCUGACAUUGCAGACUAUCAGGGCAGUAGGUGAUAGCAUAGCUCAGGUCAUUAGGACAAUAUAUAAUAUUGGUUCCCAAAUUAAUUUCAGUCCCCUCUUCCUUGCUUAAUUUCUCUUAUCUCUUGUGUAGUCCCAUCUGGUGCACAAUAAAUCAUUUAACCUGAA